UCUAUUGAUGGCUUGCACGAGAAAGGAAUGGUUGAAGACGUCCAUUGUGGCUCCAUGAAGAGUAUGCGACCUCCUCACCCUGGAAUGGGCCCACCUCAGAGUCCAAUGGACCAACAUAGCCAAGGUUACAUGUCUCCACACCCAUCUCCACUAGGAGCACCAGAGCAUGUAUCCAGUCCAAUGUCUGGAGGAGGUCCAACUCCACCCCAGAUGACUCCCAGCCAGCCAGGACCCAUUAUACCAGGAGAUCCACAAGUUAUGAAUCAACCCAACAGAGGUCCUUCCCCUUUCAGCCCUGUACAGCUGCAUCAGCUUCGGGCUCAGAUUCUAGCAUACAAAAUGUUAGCUAGAGGUCAGCCUUUGCCAGAAAACCUCCAGCUUGCUGUGCAGGGCAAGAGGACCCUGCCUGGCAUUCAACAGCAGCAGCCUCCCAGUGCCUUCAACAGACAGUCUGGUAUUGGGUUACAUACAAUGAGUGGGGGGCCUGCUCCAGGGAUGCCUGGACAUACAGCUGCCAUUACCCCUAAAACUUGGACUGAAGGCCAAGCCCCAGAUAUGAGCGUCUCCAAUGCGCAGCAAAAGCUUCCCGCACCACCUCCUAGUGGGAGGCCUUCUCCUGCACCCCCUGCUGCCCAGCCUGCUGCCACCAUGCCUGGACCUUCUGUACCACAGCCACCACCAGGACAGCCUUCACCCAUCGUUCAGCUGCAGCAAAAGCAGAAUCGCAUCAGCCCUAUCCAGAAGCCACAAGGAUUGGAUCCUGUUGAAAUACUCCAAGAACGUGAAUACAGGCUUCAGGCUCGAAUUGCUCACAGAAUCCAGGAACUGGAGAACUUGCCUGGUUCUCUACCCCCUGAUCUGAGAACGAAAGCUACAGUGGAGUUGAAGGCACUUAGAUUACUGAAUUUCCAACGCCAGCUGAGACAAGAGGUGGUAGCCUGCAUGCGUCGUGACACAACACUGGAGACAGCACUGAACUCCAAAGCCUACAAACGAAGCAAGCGCCAGACUUUGAGGGAGGCCCGUAUGACAGAAAAGCUUGAGAAACAGCAGAAGAUAGAACAGGAGAGGAAGCGCAGGCAGAAGCACCAGGAAUACCUGAAUAGCAUAUUGCAGCAUGCUAAAGAUUUUAAAGAGUACCACCGGUCAGUUGCUGGAAAAAUUCAGAAACUUUCUAAAGCUGUGGCAACUUGGCAUGCCAACACUGAGCGUGAGCAGAAGAAAGAAACUGAGAGAAUUGAGAAAGAAAGAAUGAGGAGACUAAUGGCUGAAGAUGAAGAAGGCUACCGUAAGCUGAUUGACCAAAAGAAAGAUAGACGUCUGGCCUACCUGUUGCAGCAGACAGAUGAGUAUGUGGCUAACUUGACUAACCUGGUAUGGGAGCAUAAACAGGCACAAGCAGCCAAAGAGAAGAAGAAGAGAAGGAGAAGAAAGAAGAAGGCUGAAGAAAAUGCAGAAGGAAUGGCAUCUGGUCUUGGUCCUGAUGGAGAGCCUAUAGAUGAAAGCAGUCAGAUGAGUGACCUUCCAGUCAAAGUGACUCACACUGAAACAGGAAAAGUUCUUCUUGGACCAGAAGCACCAAAAGCAAGUCAGCUGGAUGCUUGGCUGGAAAUGAACCCUGGCUAUGAAGUUGCUCCUAGGUCAGACAGCGAAGAUGAAAGUGGCUCUGAAUAUGAGGAGGAGGAUGAUGAAGAAGAAUCAAGCAGGUUAGAAGCAGAUGAGAAGAUACUCUUGGAUCCUAACAGUGAGGAAGUUUCUGAGAAAGAUGCAAAGCAAAUAAUUGAGACAGCCAAACAAGAUGUGGAUGAUGAAUAUAGCAUGCAAUAUAGUGCUAGAGGGUCUCAGUCCUACUACACUGUUGCUCACGCGAUCACAGAAAGGGUGGAAAAGCAGUCUUCUCUUCUUAUUAAUGGCACACUAAAACAUUAUCAGCUCCAGGGACUGGAGUGGAUGGUUUCACUCUACAAUAAUAAUCUGAAUGGAAUUUUAGCUGAUGAAAUGGGACUAGGAAAGACAAUACAAACUAUUGCACUCAUCACGUACCUGAUGGAGCACAAAAGACUCAAUGGCCCCUAUCUCAUCAUUGUUCCCCUUUCGACUUUAUCCAACUGGACAUAUGAAUUCGACAAAUGGGCUCCUUCUGUGGUGAAGAUAUCUUACAAGGGUACUCCUGCAAUGCGCCGCUCACUUGUUCCUCAGCUUCGAAGUGGAAAAUUCAAUGUUCUUUUAACUACUUAUGAGUAUAUAAUAAAGGACAAACAUAUCCUUGCUAAGAUUCGAUGGAAAUACAUGAUAGUAGAUGAAGGCCAUCGAAUGAAGAACCAUCACUGCAAGCUGACUCAGGUCUUGAAUACUCACUAUGUGGCCCCUAGACGAAUACUGUUGACUGGGACUCCAUUGCAGAACAAAUUGCCUGAACUUUGGGCUCUUCUCAAUUUCCUCCUCCCAACCAUUUUCAAGAGCUGUAGCACCUUUGAACAGUGGUUCAACGCUCCAUUUGCCAUGACUGGAGAAAGGGUGGACUUAAAUGAGGAAGAAACUAUUCUGAUCAUCCGUCGUCUCCAUAAAGUGCUCCGACCCUUCUUGCUGAGAAGAUUGAAGAAAGAGGUUGAGUCUCAACUCCCAGAAAAGGUGGAAUACGUGAUCAAAUGUGAUAUGUCAGCUCUUCAGAAGAUCCUGUACCGUCACAUGCAAGCCAAGGGAAUCCUUCUUACAGAUGGUUCUGAAAAAGACAAGAAGGGAAAAGGUGGGGCAAAAACUCUUAUGAACACUAUCAUGCAAUUGAGAAAGAUAUGCAAUCACCCAUACAUGUUUCAACACAUCGAGGAGUCCUUUGCUGAACAUUUAGGCUACUCAAACGGUGUCAUCAAUGGAGCUGAACUUUAUCGGGCCUCAGGGAAGUUUGAGCUACUCGAUCGUAUUCUACCAAAGUUACGAGCUACUAACCAUCGUGUGCUUCUUUUCUGUCAAAUGACAUCACUGAUGACCAUCAUGGAAGACUAUUUUGCCUUUCGAAAUUUCCUUUACCUGCGUCUUGAUGGCACAACAAAAUCGGAAGAUCGAGCUGCUCUGUUGAAGAAGUUCAAUGAACCUGGGUCACAAUACUUUAUCUUCUUGCUGAGUACAAGGGCUGGAGGUCUAGGCUUAAAUCUCCAGGCUGCUGACACUGUUAUAAUCUUUGAUAGUGACUGGAAUCCUCACCAGGACUUGCAGGCCCAAGAUAGAGCUCACCGAAUUGGUCAGCAGAAUGAAGUUCGAGUCCUGCGACUAUGCACUGUGAACAGUGUGGAAGAGAAGAUACUUGCUGCUGCAAAGUAUAAGCUGAAUGUAGAUCAAAAAGUUAUUCAGGCUGGAAUGUUUGAUCAGAAAUCUUCAAGCCACGAAAGGAGAGCCUUCCUACAGGCUAUACUGGAACAUGAAGAAGAAAAUGAG